AUGUGUGGCCGCACGUGUUUGACGCUGGAACCGAAAGAUCUGGAAAGCUGUUGCAAAUACAGCAAAACAGGUCAGAGUAAACCGAAACAGCCGCAUUAUCGAAAUGAGUUCAAUUGUGGAAAAAAGUACGUGCCGUCGUUUAAUGUGGCACCCACGGACGUAACGCCAGUGCUUGUUGGCGCCGUUCACUUCGAUGAUUCUGCGGACCCAGCCGAUCGGCUGCUUGUGCCAAUGAUGUGGGGCAUGGUACCCCGUUGGCACAAGGGUGACUUCCGGAAGCACGGCCUAACCACAAACAAUUGUCGUUUGGAAGGGUUAGCAUUUUCCAAACUGUACGGACCACCACUUGCUGCUGGCCAGCGGUGCGUCAUACUGUGCGAAGGUUUUUACGAAUGGCAAACGGUAAAACCGAUGAAGCCAUCUGAACGGCCCGCAUUCUUCGUACACAUGCCGCAAGAGGAAAAGAUAAAAAUGGAAGACAAGUCGACCUGGCAGAUGGAGCAUGGUACCCAACUACAAUUGCUCCGGAUCGCUGGACUGUUCGAUGUGUGGAACGAUGAUAAUGGAGACAAACUGUACAGUUACACGGUGAUCACCUUCGAAACCGAGGGUAGUUUUGCCAGCAUUCAUCACCGAUCGCCGGCCAUUCUCGAGACGGAAGCACAAGUAGCGGACUGGUUGGAUUAUAAGCGGGUUCCAGCAAACCGGGCACUUAAUCUACUGCAGCCCAGCAAAACGAUGAAAUGGUAUCGCGUAUCGAACAUUGUUAAUAAUUCGCGCAACAAAUCCGACCAAUGCAACAAGCCGCUGGUGGAAGGAAAGCUACUGGAUGGGUGCGGAAAAUCGCCUGUAGUUCCGAAAAGCAAGAUGAUGCAAUCAUGGUUGAUAUUUAAAAAGAGAAAAAAUGAUGAUACCGAACAGAAACCUUCCGUUGAAGCCGCCCUAAAGAAAGAGCCGGAAUCGGAACCUUUGGAUAAAAAACCCAAACCAGACCCGGAUGUUCCAUAA